GUUUCCGUUAACCCACGUGUUGCCGGUCAGAGCUGCGUCACGCGAUCGCGAAUGACACGCUGAAGGAGCCAAGAAGCGCGAACACGGGCGCGUAAAAAAGAGCGAAGAAACAUCUCCGUUAGAUGAAAAACAAACGGUUCAUGCCAUAAUAGCAUCGCUACUAAAACCACAUAACCAUACAUGACAUCUCAUCUCCACGUUUCCAACAACAACCGGCAGAAAUCCCGACGAGAAGCACAGAGGUGUUCGUUAUAAGGCAGAGAGAGAGAGAGAGAGAGAGAGAGGAUGGAUAAGAAGGAUGAAGGAGCGCAGAUGGAACCGCUGCUUCCUGCGGUUCAAAGUCCUGCUAGUGAUCACGGGAGGAACGAUGAGGAAGCCGUGCUGGACAGGGGAGGGACCCGGUCCAUGCUCAACACAAAUUUUGAGAAAGAAGAACUAGAAGGCCACCGUACCCUCUACAUCGGGGUGCAUGUCCCUCUGGGUAGAAGAUCACACAGACGGCACCGUCACCAUGGACACCGCCACAGGAAGAGGUCACGGGAGAGAGACUCGGGAACCGAAGAUGGCAGAGAAUCUCCAUCAUACACGGAUACUCCAUCUCAGCGCGUACAGUUCCUGCUGGGGAUGGAGGAUGAUGAGGAACACAUCCCGCACGCUCUCUUCACAGAGCUGGAUGAGAUCUGCCUGAAAGAGGGAGAAGAUGCAGAAUGGAAAGAGACGGCCAGAUGGCUGAAGUUUGAGGAGGAUGUGGAGGAUGGAGGUGAGAGGUGGAGUAAGCCGUACGUCGCCACUCUCUCUCUGCACAGUUUGUUUGAACUGCGUAGCUGUAUUCUCAAUGGAACCGUCAUGCUGGACAUGAGGGCCAACUCACUUGAGGAGAUUGCAGACAUGGUUCUGGACCAGCACGAGACAUUGGGUGCUCUUGGAGAGGAGGUACGAAAGAAGAUCCGUAACGCCCUUCUUAAACAGCACCACCAUCAGAACCAGAAGAAACUGGCCAAUCGGAUCCCCAUCGUACGUUCGUUUGCAGAUAUUGGCAAGAAGCAGUCAGAACCUCACUCCAUGGAUAAGAAUGGUCAGAUGUUUUCCCCUCAGACUCAGCCCGCCACAACAGAAGGUGGGGGAGGCAGUCGUGAGAACAGCGCUGUCGACUUCAGCAAGAUAGACCUCCACUUCAUGAAGAAGAUCCCACAGGGUGCUGAGGCCUCUAAUAUCCUGGUAGGUGAGCUGGAGUUUCUGGAGAAACCUGUGGUAGCUUUCAUCCGUCUGUCUCCAGCUGUACUGCUCAACGGCCUGGCUGAAGUCCCGAUCACCACCAGGUUUCUCUUUAUCUUGCUGGGGCCAAUUGGGAAAGGACCUCAGUACCACGAAAUCGGCCGUUCCAUUGCCACACUUAUGACAGAUGAGGUUUUCCAUGAUGUGGCUUAUAAAGCAAAGGAUCGACUCGACCUCGUGGCUGGAAUCGAUGAGUUUUUGGACCAGGUUACUGUAUUGCCCCCAGGCGAGUGGGAUCCCACCAUCAGAAUAGAGCCUCCCAAAAAUGUGCCCUCUCAGGAGAAGCGAAAGGUUCCUCCUUUGGCCAAUGGAGGGACGGAUCUGGGGGAAGCUGAGGAGCAUGGAGGUCAUGAAGGACCAGAGUUACAGCGCACAGGGAAGUUAUUCGGUGGCUUGUUCAAGGACAUUAAGCGUAAAGCUCCACACUACCUGUCAGAUUACGCAGACGCCAUCAGUCUGCAGUGUUUGGCUUCUUUCCUCUUCCUGUACUGCGCCUGUAUGUCACCUGUUAUCACUUUUGGAGGCCUCCUGGGAGAAGCUACAGAAGGCCGUAUAAGUGCAAUAGAGUCUCUGUUUGGAGCUUCAAUGACAGGUAUUGCCUACUCUCUGUUUGCUGGGCAGCCCCUCACCAUUCUGGGCAGCACAGGGCCGGUUUUGGUGUUUGAGAAAAUCCUCUUCAAAUUCUGCAAAGAGUACGGUUUGUCGUACCUCUCCUUACGUGUGUGUAUCGGACUGUGGACGGCUUUUUUCUGCCUGCUGCUGGUCGCCACAGACGCCAGCUCACUGGUGUGUUACAUCACACGAUUCACAGAGGAAGCUUUUGCUUCCCUCAUCUGCAUCAUCUUUAUUUAUGAGGCUCUGGAGAAACUCAUCCAUCUGGGAGAAACUUACCCUUUCAACAUGCACAAUAACCUCAACCGGCUCACUGACUACUCGUGUGUGUGCACAAUGCCCAAAGACCCCAGCAAUGCCACACUGGGUUACUGGCAGGACCAAAACAUCACUGCAUCUGAGAUCGACUGGUUAGGACUAGAUGUCAAGGGCUGUAUAGAGAAUAGAGGGGAGUUUGUCGGCAACGCAUGUGGUCAUCACGGUCCGUACGUCCCUGAUGUUUUGUUCUGGUCCGUCAUUCUCUUCUUCUCCACGGUCGCCAUGUCCUCCUUCCUCAAAGAAUUCAAAACCAGCCGCUACUUCCCAACCAAGGUGAGAUCUGUGAUCAGCGAUUUCGCUGUUUUUUUCACCAUCUUGACCAUGGUUCUGAUCGACUACUGUCUUGGAAUCCCCUCCGCCAAACUUCAGGUUCCCAAUGAGUUUGAACCAACCAGAGAUGACCGUGGCUGGUUCAUCAGCCCCUUGGGGCCAAACCCAUGGUGGACCAUUCCAAUAAGCUUCAUCCCAGCUCUGCUGUGCACCAUUCUCAUCUUCAUGGACCAACAGAUCACUGCUGUUAUCAUUAACAGGAAGGAACACAAGCUGAAGAAAGGUUGUGGGUACCAUCUGGACCUCUUUGUGGUGAGCGUGAUGUUGGGCGUGUGCUCUUUGAUGGGCCUGCCGUGGUUCGUGGCCGCGACGGUUCUGUCUAUCAGCCACGUGAACAGCCUGAAACUGGAGUCUGAAUGCUCCGCCCCCGGAGAGCAGCCAAAGUUUUUGGGCAUUAGGGAGCAGCGGUUCACCGGUCUCAUGAUAUUCGUGCUCAUGGGCUGCUCGGUGUUCAUGACCUCGGUACUAAAGCACAUACCGAUGCCUGUGUUGUAUGGUGUUUUUCUUUACAUGGGAGCAUCGUCUCUCAGAGGCAUACAGUUCUUUGAUCGUGUGAAGCUGUUCUGGAUGCCUCCGAAACACCAGCCGGACUUUAUUUACCUGAGACACGUCCCGCUGAGAAAGGUCCACCUGUUCACCAUCAUCCAGCUCAGCUGCCUGGUGCUUCUGUGGGUCAUUAAAACCUCAAGAGCUGCCAUUGUUUUUCCCAUGAUGGUAUUGGCUUUGGUCUUCAUCCGUAAGCUGUUGGAUUUUUUCUUCUCUAAGCGAGAGCUCAGCUGGCUUGAUGACCUCAUGCCCGAGAGCAAGAAGAAAAAACUGGAAGAUGCGCAGCAAGAGGAGAAUCAGUGUGUUUUGGUGGAGGAUGAAGGAAUUGUUCAAGUACCUCUUGAGGGGCAUUACAAGGACGAUCCAUCCACCGUCAACAUUUCAGAUGAAAUGACAAAGACAUCUUUUGGAAAUGUGUGGAAAGGCAUCACCAGUGACAGCUGCAAAAAAGAUCAAAGCUCAAAAAGCUCCCUCUCCUAAUGUCUCAGAUGCUGAUUUCCAAAGCUCAACACUUAAAGGAACCUCGAGACACGAGCCAGGUGAUGAAGAGAAAGACACAGAUUUGGAUAGAGAGACAAGUUUGUGAGUUUACGUUGUUCAGACGUUUUGCAUCGUGCCCAACAUAAAGCACCAGUAUGCUUCUGUUCUGUAGAUCCGUUUGUGCCAGUCUGUGCUAUAAGGCAUUAUGGUAUAUUAAAUCAUUUUUAUGUGUGUGUGUGGUAUUUUUUGAGCAUAUGUAUAUCUGAGUUUACCCACGAAGAGCAAAUUGUGUGUUCAAAAUCUACUGUUCCAUUGUAGUUUCACCUGUAGAAAUUGUAAAAAUUCAAGGUUGCUUUGGUUUGUAUGUUAUACUGUAUAUUUUUUGGACAGUAGAUCCUAUGGCAAUUCCCUGUUAUAUAGCCUCAAUAUAUAGUUUAUUUUAGAAAACUUUUUUAUUACGCAUAACUGACACUCACUUGCAGUCGUAUCAUAAAACUUUUUUCUUUUAAAGAAAGAUGCAAAUGUAGUUAAGUCAUCACAUAAUGCUUUUUAAAUGUCUGUGAUAUGUUCCUCACUUCACAAUAUAUUGGAUGUUAAUAUAUACAAUUUAUGAGCAGUGACCAAUAUUUUCUAAAUACUUUUAUGAACAAUUUUGUGGAUUUUAAACAUAUGAGCCAAAACUUUUAUCUUCAUUUUAUCCUACAGCACAUUAUCUUCUUGAACUUGUUCAUAUGAAAUGCAUUCACGUACAUAAAAUCUGUUGUUUUAUUUUUGGAAAAUGAUUAGUAUGAAGCUCUAUUUCAUUUUCGCAAAAUUCUGUGUAGCAUUUAAUCCAUGCAAAUAAUAGUGAACAUAUAUUUUGUCAAAAUGCUGCAAAUAAUAAACCAUGAAGGGGGGUGAUUGAACUGUAUAGUGUUGUUUCACAUUGUCUCUGGGUGACAUCAUCCUUUCUAAGACUCAUUUUCACACUAAGAGACCUUAUCACUCAGAUUAUAUACUGCCAAUAACACAAAAGUCAUACAAGAAAUGCAAUAAUUUUCCUUUUCAUAAGAGGAGCAUUACAACCAUGUACUUACCAGAGACAAAUUUAUUAUUAACACAUGUAUAUGUAUUUUGUCUGUGUAUAAUGUUCAAUAGAUUUUUCAAUGUGUGGUUUAGGUUUGAAUACUGUAUGUGGGGGGAAAGAAUGAUUUCAUGUUAUUUUUACCAUUUUCAAUGUUUGUUAACAAAAUGACACUCACAUUCAGUGACACUCAAGACACAUAAAUGUUAUGUUGAUGUACACAUUUGUUGUUACUGUAUCACUAUAAAAUAAAACUUACUGAAAACAGUUUCUCUUAUGAAAUUAGUCAUUAAAAUUGUAUCAUUACAACUGUCAUUAAAUGUGAGAUUAAAUGUGAUUGAAAACCAA